AUGUCUGUCAACGCCGCUCUCCCUCCAACCCAGCGGGGCCAGAAGACCGCCCGGUCGGAUGUGAUGGAUGACCUCAGCAAGCGAGUCGAAAGUAACCCAUACGACGCGACGAAGAAUCCCAAGGGCAUCAUUGAUCUUGGGUCAGCCGUCAAUGAGAUUAUGCUGGAAGACUUGGCGUGCUGGACGAAGCGAAAUGUCAAGAAGAGCCAGCUCAAGGAGUCCCUUGGCUACGGCGACGCACAAGGCUCCCCCGAGCUUCCAAAAGCAGCAGCAGCCUUCAUGAACGAGCACUUCAAAGUCCGCCUACCCCUAACCGCCGACAACAUCCUCGCCGCCAACGGUGUGACAACACUACUAGACACCCUCACAUACAACAUCACCAACGAGGGCGACGCCGUGCUCCUCGCGACACCAAGCUACGGGAUGUUCGCCCGCGACGUCUGGACGCGCAACGGCGUCCGCGUCGUCGAGGUACCCUGCGACGACAUCCCCGAAGAGCGUUUCUGGGGCGAACCGCCGCACGAGGACGGACCCAUACAGGUUCCUGAGCUGGUCGUACGUCUGGAGAAUGCGAUCCAGGUCGAGUUGAGCCAGAAGCGCAAGGUCGGCGGCGUGUUAUUGGCUAAUCCUGAUAACCCGAUGGGUCGGUGCUACGCCGCACACGUGCUGUUACAGAUUUCCCAGCUUUGCGCGAGGCAUAAGAUUCAUCUUAUUGUUGAUGAGAUCUACGCCAUGAGCGCUGGAGAUCGGUUUUCGAGUAUAUUGAGUCUUGGGCUCGAUGUCAACUUUAGGAAUGUUCAUGUGCUAUGGGGGUUGAGUAGGGAUUUCGGCCUCGGUGGGCUCAGGGUUGGCUUCCUCGCGACAUACAACCGGGAGAUAUACGAGGCGACGCGGGCGUCGAGCACAUUCGGAUGGGUCUCUGCACUCAGCGCAUCAACAGCAGCGAAGCUCCUGUCGGACGCAAAGUACCUCCGCAACCAAUAUCUGCCCCAGUUCCGUCGCCGCCUGACCAAACGACGCACCUUUGUCGAGGAAGAGCUGGAAAAGUACGAUAUCCCACAUGUCAAAGCCGAGGCGGGCUUCUUUGUGUUUGUCAAUUUGUCCGAGUGGGUGGACCUCCUGCUCGAGAAGCAUGGCAAGGAAGGGGAUUUGAAGUUUUUGGAGUACUUGAUGAAGUACCGCGUCUAUCUUGAACCCGGACAGGCAUUCUUCUCCAAGCGUGCGGGAUGGUUCCGACUCAACUUUGGCGGGGAAAAGGAAACGUUCAAGCUUGGUCUCCAAAGGCUGUUUCAGUGUCUAAGGCUGCUUGACGGCAAAGACCACUUUGACCCCACGAUCGGCCUUCCUGGGAUCUAUCACCCGCCGCCAAAAGGCAUGGGUCAUCUCGUCGCGAUUUGA